CUCGUCGUGUGAAAAUCCAGUCUUCACGAACUAUUUUUCAUUGAGUAAUAAUAAGUAAGACUUUUGUGCAGCACUUUAUUUGCAUUUUGACGUUAUUCAAGAAUGAAAAAUUACAACAGAACGAUUCCAGUAGAACCUCUGUUUUUCGAAACAGUUUUCACUGCUGGUGCUGUGAGAAAUUUCUUUUGCACUUACUGGCAUUAUUCCAUUUACAUAUCCAUCUUCUAUAUACUGGCCAUCAAGAUCCUUCAGCGUUACAUGAAAGAUCGACCUCCUUAUAACUUCAAUCGUGCGUUCACAAUAUGGAACGGGAUUUUGGCUGUUUACAGUAUUUGCAGCUCAAUUCGGUUAAUUCCAAUUUUGUUCGAACAAUUUAAACACUUUACUUUUUACGAAAUACUUUGUAACAAGAGUAUUGUAGAUAACACAUCACCGCUUCUGUUUUGGGCUACACUGUUUGCGUUUUCGAAAGUUUGGGAAUUGGGAGAUACAAUAAUGAUAAUACUUCAUAAAAGAAAAUUGAUGUUUCUUCACUGUUAUCAUCAUCCUACUAUGUUGAUUAUGUCAUGGUAUGCUUCUUACAAACGAUCGACCUAUUUAAUGAUGAUUGUCUACACUAAUCUCUAUGUACACUCAUUGAUGUAUACCUAUUUUACUGUAAAAUGCAUGAGUAUUAAAAUUUCUUCAACAAUUGCCAUGUUUAUUACUGCAACUCAAGUUACUCAAAUGUGGUUUGCAUUAUUGCUUACGUGUUGGAUGUAUUGGUUGCUUUUAAAUGAACAACCGUGUGACACUUCUUUUGAGAUUUUAAAAUUUGUCUUUGUUGUAGCGCUGUCAUAUCUGUAUCUGUUUACCCAAUUGUUUUAUAAAUCUUAUAUUUGCAGAUCUAAGGUAUAUGAAAAAAAAGAUAAAACACAGUAG